ACCAGGAAGGAGAGCUACGCCAUCUACGUGUACAAGGUGAUGAAGCAGGUCCACCCCGACACCGGCAUCUCCUCCAAGGCCAUGGGCAUCAUGAACUCGUUCGUGAACGACAUCUUUGAGCGCAUCGCCGGGGAGGCCUCCCGUCUGGCCCACUACAACAAGCGCUCCACCAUCACCUCCAGGGAGAUCCAGACCGCCGUCCGCCUGCUGCUGCCCGGAGAACUGGCCAAGCACGCCGUGUCCGAAGGCACCAAGGCCGUGACCAAGUACACCAGCUCCAAGUAAACCUGCUCCACAUCCCCGAGAUACAGAAACAAACCAACGGCUCUUUUAAGAGCCACACACACUUUCUCUGGAAGAGCUCAGUUCCAUCAACAUGUUUAGUAUCAAAUAUUUUAACGUUCCCUGGUGGAAAAUUGAUUGUAACUGUUCACUGUGUAUAAUAAGGAGAUGAAAUAGAAAAUGUCAAUAUGUUAUGGAAUUUGUAUAGUAAAUGAUAAAUACAUUUUUUUUUUUUUUUUUUUUUUUGCGCCUUGAGAUUAUGUUCAACUGUAGUUGUGCAUGUAGUAAAUACAAAACCAUCUAACCAGAAGUGCUUCAGCAGUAAUUAAACAUGAUGCAGUAACAUA